AUGUCACAGUUCCUCAAUUGGUGUUCAAUAGAUUUGUGUAUCAUCGAUAAAUACUGGAUAAUGCCCUUAGACACGUUGGACAAGCCGAUAGACGAUAUGGUUGUCAUUAAUCAAUCAUGCCUCACCAAUGCGAUCCUGGCCCGAGAUGUCGACACUGUAGAGUUAAUGCUAUCCUCUGGUGCUGAUCCAAACGCUCGAAGAAUCGGAAAAGAGACACCAGCCUGGCGCUCAGUGGAUGGGCGACAUAUAAAGCCGGAUAGGCAAGACCCCAGUUCGUGCCAUGAGCUGUAUCCUCUUGAUCUUGCAAUGACGAGCCGCCUAGAUUGCCGACGUAUCGCUGAGCUACUAGUCAGACACGGCGCUGAUCCAAAUUCUCACUACCCUCAGACUACAAUCGCUCAUCGAGUUUUGGAAAGAAGAGGCUCGAACCUCAAUACGACUUGCGGGAAGCGGAAUGUGUACCUCGACUUGAUUCUUCGGCACCCACUGCUCAAUGUCAAUCUUCAAGAUGGGGAGGGCAUUUCAUUGCUACAAACUGCCUUGGGUGUUGGGGAUGCUGUAGCUGCACGGAUACUGAUCGACAGAGGCGCCGAUCUGCGUUCCAGGGACGAUUCUGGUCGGAAUAUCCUGCAUCUUGUAUCUGUCGAUGAUUGCGGAAUCGACCUCGUUCAGCAUAUAAUCGGUUUAGAACCAGAGCUCCAAUAUCAGUUCGACAAGCAUGGUAGAACCCCACUUCAAUAUGCGAUAGAUUGCCAAAAGCCAGGAAACCCAGGGGAUGAGGUUAAGCUUUUGAUCUCUGCGGGUGUCGACGUCACAGCCAGAGAUGCCAAUGACGAUACACCGCUUCACAUACUCUUCAGAAGACCAUUUCUUCUCGUUGCAGACCAUUAUGGUGAUGCAGUUUGGCAGGGCUUCGUCAAGAAUACAAUUGACUUACUGCUCUCGAAAGGAGCAAACAUCAAUGCGCGAAAUAAAGCUGGGGAAACGCCUGCAUUCGGCUACUUCCGUGCGAGCAGCUUUAAGGUUGAUCUCAGCUGGGCAAAGAUGGAUGAAGAGAGGCAUAACUUGUCUAAGAAGUGGGGCGGUGAUAGAUGGAAGGUCAACAAGGAACUAGAAGAGCAGAUUGUGGAGGGAACUGAGCCGAAGAUCUGGGCAUUCUUUGAUGCGAUGGGAGUGGAAUGGUCGGUUAUCAAUGUUAAAGGAGAGUCUCUGCUUCAUGCCGUUGCUGGCCAAGAACGGUCAUUUAGAAGGGUAGCAAGAUUUCAGUUCUUGGUGGGUCAAGGAUUAGAUCUCAUGGCAGAAGAUAUGCAAGGUCAAACUGCGCUAGAUAUCGCGGCGCAUGGAAAAGCAGACGACAUCGUGGGAUUGUAUAAAGGAUUCCUUCCGCCAGAUAUAUGA